AUGCAAUUUCUACAAUUGAAGCAUCACUCGCUUAGUCGCUUCACAAUUUUUAUAGUCAUUUCUUCUGUUCUAUGCAUCUCAUAUCUACUCACCUCAAUUUUCAUCUUUCCAAACAUAAAAUCUGCAGAUUUAUCAGCUUCAUCGAAUGCUUUAUCUUCAAAAACUUCACUUGCACAUAUUGUCUUUGGCAUUGCUUCCAGUGAGAAGUCUUGGGGGACUAGAAAAGAUUAUGUUAGGCUGUGGUGGAGGCCCAAAGAAAUGAGGGGCUGUGUGUUCUUGGACACAUAUCCACCUUAUGCAAAGAUGGAUCAGGCGGAAUUCCCUCCUGUUUGCCUCUCAGGAGACACAUCCCAUUUCCGUUACACCUAUAGGAAUGGCCUCCGGUCAGCCAUACGGAUAGCCCGUGUUGUGUCAGAGACAGUUUGGUUGAACUAUACUAAUGUGAGGUGGUUUGUGUUUGGGGAUGAUGACACCAUUUUCUUUCCUGAGAAUUUGGUGAAGAUGCUGUGUAAGUAUGACCAUGGCCUUUGGUAUUACAUUGGCGCUAAUUCGGAGAGUGUUGUUCAGAACAAGAUCCAUUCUUACGGAAUGGCAUUUGGAGGGGCUGGUUUUGCUAUAAGCUAUCCUCUGGCAAGGGUAUUAGCUAAGGUUUUGGAUUCUUGUCUGCAUAGGUAUCCUCAUUUGUAUGGAAGCGAUGCCAGGAUUCAGGCCUGUUUGGCAGAGCUUGGAGUUGGGUUGACCCAUGAGCCUGGAUUUCAUCAGAUGGAUAUUCGAGGGAGUAUGCACGGUUUCUUGGCUUCCCACCCGCUGCAGCCAUUGGUUUCACUCCACCAUCUGGAAGCAUUGGAUCCAGUUUUCCCCCAAAUGACACCACUUGAGGCACUGCAGCAUUUAUUCGGAGCUGUAAGGAUUGAUUCUGAGAGGGUAGUGCAGCAGACAGUGUGCUAUGAUCGGUGGUUUUCUUGGACUGUUUCAGUGUCUUGGGGUUAUGCAGUUGAGAUCUUUCCCCACCACAUGUUCUUGCUGGAUGUGCUGCGUGUACAGGAAACAUAUGGCCCUUGGAGAGAAGGAGGUGGCAUUAAUGAUGUAUAUGCAGUGGACACAGUGGGAUAUGACCCUGAUCGAUGCCGUAGGCCAGCGGUUUUCUUCAUGCAUAAGGUGAUGUAUUCUUCUUCUUCUUCUUCUUCUUCUUCUUCAGGAAUAAUGAGCAGUUACAGAGCGAUGGGUGAGGAUAACUGUACAGUGGACAGUGUAUCGCCAAGGAAGCUAAAGGAGAUCAGAGUAUACUCUGAGAAGAAGGAGAAUGAGUUUGAAGGUGGUGGUGGAAGGAGAAGAGAGUGCUGUGAUGUGUUGGGGUCUUCUUCUGGGGAUGUGAUGGAAGUCGCUAUAAGGGAAUGUGGCCACCAAGAGUUGAUACGUUAAUUAAUUAAUUAUUAUUGUUAUUAUUAUUGGAAAAAGCUAAGGAAUUAAAGCAGCUUAGUUAGUUAGUUAGUUAGUUGGUUUAGGUUAGGACCCGACACUGCACUGCACAACACAACACAACACAGGGAAGCAGGCAGGCAUGGUUUCCAAUUAUGCGUUUUGCAUUCUAAUUAUAUGUAUGUAUAAUUACAAUAUGAAUAAUCAAUCCAUCUCUAUGUA